CCUCUGAAAAUUUCUCGGUUUGAGUAUUCUGUGCAGAAAUCUACCCAUAUUUCUUUAUAUUAACCAUCCAAGCAGUUAUUCAAGGUAUUAUACAGUUGAAAGGUGUAAAAAAUGUCAGCCAAAGGUGCAAGAGAAGAGUAUGUUCUUAAUAUUGAGAGACGUCAUAAGCAAUUGUUUGGCUCUCGCGCGUCAAACUAUCUUGAUUACUUGAGUGAGCUGGAYAUUGAUAUUGAGCCMUUCACAAUCCGUAAUUCUGGAAUCAUUUGCACCAUUGGGCCAGCUUCAAGGUCAGUGGAGACAUGUGUCAAGCUCAUAGAAAAUGGCAUGAAUAUUGCAAGAUUGAACUUCUCUCAUGGGACUCAUGAGUACCAUCAAGAAACAAUUGGUAACAUCAGACGGGCUGCGUUGAUUGAGUGGCCUCAUGCUGUAGCUAUUGCUCUGGACACCAAAGGACCUGAAAUAAGGACUGGUCUCCUUAAAGGGGGAGGAUCUGCUGAGAUUUCAUUAACCAAAGGACAGAAACUCAAAGUGUCCACAGACAAGUCAAUGUAUGACCAGUGUGAUAGCGAGACCAUUUUUGUAGACUAUGCGAACAUAGUAAAAGUAGUCCCACUUGGCGGCAUCAUAUUUGUGGAUGAUGGGCUAAUCUCAUGUUGGAGAGUAUGGUGAUUAACCCACGGCCAACACGAGCUGAAACCUCUGAUGUUGCUAAUGCUAUCCUUGAUGGUGCUGAUUGUGUAAUGUUGUCAGGUGAGACUGCUAAAGGCCGCUACCCAAUUUUAGCUGUACGCAUGAUGCACAAGAUUUGUCGUGAGGCUGAAGCAGCCAUUUUCAGCAAACAGCUUUUUGAUGAUCUUCGUCACUCUAUGGAUAUAACUGCUACAACUCAAGAGGCUACAGCCAUUGCUGCGGUCGCGGCCUCCUACCAGUGUAAUGCAGACGCCAUUGUUUGUUUAACUCACACAGGAAAAACUGCACAAAUCACCGCUCGUUUCCGCCCACGUUGCCCCAUCGUUGUGGUAACMCGUGACCCUCGAGUUGCCCGCCAGAUGCACUUGUAUCGYGGAUGUUUUCCAAUAGUCUACGAYCGAGAACCACUCCCCAAUGUCCUUGAGGAACACGACGAGCGUCUAGACUUUGCCCUCAACAUGGGUAAAACUAUGGGUUUCUUGAGAGAAGGCAGCGUCUUCGUUUUCAUCUCCGGRUGGCGAGCAGGAGCUGCUCACACUAAUACCAUCCGUAUUCUUACAGUGGCYAAGGAUAAGAUUCACAUUGCUCGUAGUCUGUCCGAAACWGCUGAUCCCAGUGGAGUCAAUAUUACAGAGUAGUAGUAAACGCURCUUUGGGAUUCCUGUGUUUACGAAGACAAACUCGCACCAGUGUAGGAGCCAGCAACACAGGCUGAAACCAUAGAUAAAGAAUAAACACAAAUGAUUAACAAUCUUUAGAAAACCUUUGGCAAACUGAAAUAUGGUUUUAAAAUGUUGUAUCUUGUGGCAGAUAUAUACAUUUUUUGAGUAUAAAUUUAUMAAAAUGACGGAUUCUAGAUCUGUUAUACGAGAAAAUGGAAAUUCUUCCGUAUAUUGUCGUAAUACAGCGAAGCCAGUAAUCCCGUCAAGUUUAUUAKGCGUAAGGUCGCGUCCCUAGUAAGACGCUACAGAAACGUAGACGUACUCAUGUGUUUGUCAAAAGUCCUCGAAAAGAUAUUAGCAUUUAUUGUAUAGGUGUGUCAACUUUUGUGAACUGAAUGCGUUUGUGAAAAAGAAUUGGUGUGAAAAGAAAGGAAAAAGUUGAAAAAAAGAAGACUAGGCGAAAUAUUGUCGUGAUGAUUUGUGAAAUCAUGUGCUGAGUUGUAAGUAUACAUUGAAGUUUGAAUCACUUUUAGAAAUGGAGGUAUUUUAAUAUGAAGUAAGCUGAUCGUCGUUGCUUUGYGUUGUACAAGCAAUAGACAUAAGCUUAUACAUGUGGGUCCAUGUGUAAAAUGAGGUGUUAUUACUUUCUUUUUUGAGGGGGACUUUAGGGUUUUCAGAAGGGUUUUCAAAACAUAAAAAUGCGUGAUUUGAGGAACUUGUGGAUUUAGACGAUUUUCUGUGCGGAUUUGAACUAUUCCAACACCCUUAUCCCCCUUUCCACAUUAAGAUAUGUACUCCCUGCUAUAUGGCAGCCAAGAUUUUCUAUAAUUCAUCAUGUGAUUUAUUUUAUCCAGAUGUUUGUAUCUAUUUAGGUUAGAUGGAAGACAGCACAAUCAAAUUAAAAAAAAGAUUUAGUGAAAAU